GCUUUGGGGCGAAACGUCACGUUACCUCAGCUGUCUACCGUCUAACCACGAUACCGUGUGUACUUAUGUAAGCUCGUGAUAUUAUGCUACAGAACUUUAUGCUGAAACUAUGGCAAGGGCAGUGGUUUUAGGAGGUGGAAUAAGUGGCUUGUCCUCUGCCUUCUACGCAUUACAAGAAGGGGCUCCUGCAAAAUUUGCUAAGGUAGCCCUACUCGAGGCUUCUGAACGAUUCGGGGGCUGGUUACAUUCUACUAAAUAUCAAGAUGGUACUGUGUUUGAUUAUGGUCCCAGAAGCUUUCGUCCCGAAGCAAAUCCUGGUCUGAAUACAGUGGAUCUUGCUCUAAAGCUGGGCCUACGUGAUGAUAUUAUCAUUGCCGAAAAGGGUGAUAUACUCGACAACCGCUACAUCUACAAUGAUCAGACACUCCAGGAACUUAAGUUUGGUAUAGAUAAAUUGUUUAAGGUCGUUCCACCUUUGAAGAAAAGGCUGAUAUCAUACAUUAUUCAGGAUAUUCGCGCUGCAAAGGGGACAGAAGAUGAAAGUGUACAUUCAUUUGUGUCAAGACGUUAUGGAAAAGAUGCAGCAGAUUUUUUGGCAGACCCAAUGUUAAGAGGAAUAUAUGCAGGAGAUGUUAGAAAACUCAGCAUAAGAUCAACAUUACCAAAGCUUUACGAGAUGGAAAAAAGGAAACGCAGGACAUUAACAACCAGCUAUCCGAAGACACCGUAUGUACACAAAGCGUUACAGGAUUACGUUAGUAACUGGUCCGUGUGGUCGUUAAGAGGAGGCUGUCAACAGCUGUCUGAUGCUUUAGUGGGACACUUGAGCAGGCCAGAAAUGCCUACAGAAUUACAUACAAGUAGUCCAUGUACGAAACUGACGUUCAAGGAUGGUGCUGCAUUGGUGACCAGUGAAAAAGGGGAGAUAACUACAGACCAUGUUUUCAGUUCUCUAUAUGCUGGAGAUUUAGCUAAAAUUCUGCCUGAAGAACACGGUGAAUUAGCUGAAGAACUAGAUGGAAUCCCUGCAGUGUCUGUGGUUGUUGUGAAUCUCGAGUAUCCAGUGGAGAGCCCAAUUAAGGGUUUUGGUCACCUUUUGCCUUCCUCUGAAGAUGGACCUAUACUUGGUGUGGUGUACAACUCCUGUGUAUUUCCACAACAAGACAAAAAAUUUUCUAUGGGGAAAGUUUCUAGAUUUACGGUGAUGCUGGGCGGAGCGUGGUAUGACCAACUUCUCGAGAGAUUAGACGGAUCAUUAAAUCCAAAUGGCAUAGCACGACUUGCAAAUGAAGUAGUUUCUGACCAUCUAAAUAUUACUGAAAAACCUUUGAAAGUUGAUGUCAUUAUUCAAAAUGACUGCAUCCCUCAGUAUCUUGUAGGCCAUAAUGAGCGCGUUGAGAGAAUUUUCAAGUACAUCAAGGACAAGAACUUACCCCUGAGUUUGGUUGGUUCCUCCUAUAAAGGCGUUAGUGUCAAUGACUGUAUAUAUAAUUCCAAACUUGCUGUGGAAAGAUUAACUGGUCUGCCUCCAUAUGUAGCUCCAGAUAUACCAAAGGCACAUUUCUUACAUUAAACCUGCCGGAUCCUGGAUCGUUGGAACAACUGUCAUCAGGUAUAUCUCCCAAACCUCGGCCAAUCUACAGAUGGAUGUCCCCAUCAGAUACCCACUGUCUAUUGCUCAAGGUUACUAGUGUAUCUAGCUAUGGAUGUUCCUUGUUUGGUGCAUUUACAUAUCACAUCUCUGAGAUCGUCAGAUGUCAAGGUCCUGUGAGCUCUUGCUAUAGGGCUUUUUCUGCCGUGUGUCUUCCUAAAUUUUACAGACCAAAUAAAAGAUUUGUUUCCACAUUAUGGUGAUGAUGAGGUGGAAAUGUAGGGUAGUGAUAAGAAUGGAAUUUCACUUAAUUUAACCAGAGACACAUAUAACCAGAUAUUCUAUUUAUAGGUCUCUUAUUUAAAUGGAUCUUUUAUUGAAUCUUUAUGGAAAUUAUAGACAUUUUGUAUGAUUUGUGGUAGAUAGGUCCACAGUUUAGUGCUGAAAUGAACUGUUAAUUUAAAUCAUUGUAUGUUUGUGUGUUAUUUUUAUAGAGAAAGAAAUCUCAUCAAAAUAUGCUGUAAGGACCCUAGUCAGACAGAUAAUAAUAUAUUAUCCAUGCUGACUGCUUAGUGUGUUUACAACUUUGUAAUGUUAUGAUAGGCCAUUAUAGAAGAGGAUAUGAAGGAUGCUAUCAUUUCAUUUGUGAAACAAGUCACAGUAACUAGUCAGCUGAAAAAGAAUAAGAUAAAGGCAAUUUUUUUCUUUUUUUUUUUCAAACCAAUCAUUAUUUAUAUGAACUGCUUCAAAAUUCAGGAAACAACAAAUUAUAAUAGUUCUUUGUCUGUUUCACAUUAAUGAACAUAUCCACUAAUUUAAUGGUUAAAAAAUAAUGGAUAUUAUAGCAGAAAGGUUUGUUGGUGACGCUUUUUUUUCACACAUUGUUCUUGUGAAGAAUGAGGGAAAUUUAUUUUUAUUCAACCAGGAACAAUAGAUGAGAUGAGGGUCUUUUAUGACUUAACGCAGAUGAGAAAGGGUGUACAUGUGAGAACCAUGUUAUUAUUGUCUCCUGUACAAAAUCAUAUUAGGAAGGCAUUCAUUGAUAAAGUUUUUUUUGAAAAACUACAAACUUCUUCACAAUGAAGCUUUUUAAAAAUAAUCGGCAUAGUGCCAUAUUUCCAUCAUUAAUAGACAAACGUAUUGAAUAUAAAUUACAUUUGUAGGUACAUGUUCAGAGUGUGAUGUUUUCCGGGAAGUAACACCAGUAUGUACAGCCUUUAUCAAUGGUGUAUUGGUAUAUGCUUAGUUGAAGCUGGGUUGAAGCCCUGGACAAUGAUUUAGUAUUUAAUUCUGCGUGUUAUUGCAAAUAACAUUAUGAUUUUGUUUUGAUCACGAGAUCAGGUAUAUGUCAUACGUGUUGUAUGCCCUAAAAUAGAAUCUGAAACAUUCAUCAAUCAACAAUCUUAAAUCUUCAGAAAUUGCAUACAGAAUUCAUCUGAAUGAAGGGAUGUGUGUGAGUGUGCAGUUAAGAUUUUAUUUGUGAUAUCAGUAUGAUAAAUAAAAUAUAUUUUAAGCAAAUCAA